AUGGAGCUUAGAAAUUGGCUUGGUAGUCAUCAUCAAGUUAAUGUCGUAGUACCGUCUGUUGUAUCCGCGGAUCAAUAUUCUUCGUCUUCGUCAACUAGUCAACACCAUCAUUUACAUCAUUACCAUCAUCCACAAGAUACCUCAUCCCAUCAUCAUUCUCAAGCCAGACUUAAUCAUCAAUCCCAACAACAGCAAUUAUUGCAGUUAGCUCAAUUACAACAUCAUCAUCAUCAUCAACAACAACAACAACAUAUCAGUCAAAUUAAUAAUAAUACAAGUAAUAAUCAGAUUAUAACUGAUCCGUCGUCUAACGCUGAUUAUUUUCUUCAUAUUCAAAAUUCCACUGUACCAAAUUCAACAAAUCUAAGUAAAAAGCAACGUUUAGAACAAUUAAAUUUAUUAACAACAGCUGCAGCGGUGGCUGCUGCCUCCGUACCCACCUCUAUUCUUAAUGAUACAUCAAAUCUAGUUAGUGAUUCUCCACCUCUUCUAACCACCAAUGUUGCAAAUCAUCGUACACAACCAUCGAAAGUAUUAAAACAACAGCAACAAUCAUCUUCGAAAAAGCAACAGUUACAAUUGAUCGAUAAUGAUCAGCAACGACAUGAUGGUGGAGAAGCUGUUACUCAAGGAUCGUCAUCGUCUCAAAUUUCCUCUACGACAACAGAAGACGAUUCAACAGCACGUCACCAUCAUUAUCAUCAUCACCAUCACCAUCAUCAUUUGUUGUUGACAUCUCCUGUACCGUCACAAGUACCAGAACUAAUAGAUUCAUCCAAAAUUUCUGUUCAAAGUUUAAAGCGCAAACACGACGAUUCAAUUGAUAUGACUGUUAAACAGCAACAACAAGAAUUAGUCACAUCUUCAUCAUCAGCUACUUCUUCUGUAUCGGCGGCUGUUGUUUCACAAGCUUCAAUAAUAAGCACAAAUGCAAAUGGAAUUCAUUAUGAAACGGGAGCGAUCGGUAAUGUUCAACCUGCUCAACAAGUUCAUACAACCACACAAAAAUAUCAGCAGCAGCAGCAGUCGCAACAACUAUCAGUUGUUGCCAUGCAAGAACAACAAGAUCAAAAACAACCAGUUGCACCCACAAACGACGGUGAUUAUCAACUGGUUCAAAAUGAAGUGUUGUAUUCAAUGACGAAUUCGUACGAAGUAUUGGAAUUUCUUGGUCGUGGUACAUUCGGUCAAGUUGUUAAAUGUUGGAAAAAGGGUACCAAUGAAGUAGUAGCUAUAAAAAUAUUAAAAAAUCAUCCGUCCUACGCGAGACAAGGUCAAAUUGAAGUAUCAAUUUUGUCACGUUUGGGUCAAGAAAAUGCUGAUGAAUAUAAUUUAGUUCGUGCCUAUGAGGUGUUUACACAUAAAAAUCAUACAUGUUUAGUAUUUGAAAUGUUGGAACAAAAUUUGUACGAUUUUCUAAAACAAAAUAAAUUUUCACCUUUACCAUUGAAAUGUAUUCGACCAAUUGUGCAACAAGUAUUAGUUGCUCUACAUAAAUUGAAACAGUUGGGUUUAAUUCAUGCUGAUACAAAACCAGAGAACAUUAUGUUGUUGGAUCCAAUUCGUCAACCAUAUAAAGUCAAAGUAAUCGAUUUUGGAUCGGCUAGUCCAGUAUCGAAAGCAAUUACGUCAACAUAUUUACAAUCAAGAUAUUACAGAGCCAUUGAAAUUUUACUUGGAUUACCGUUCUGUGAAGCAAUUGACAUGUGGUCGUUGGGUUGUGUUAUCGCUGAAUUAUUUUUAGGUUGGCCACUCUAUCCGGGCUCAUCUGAAUAUGAUCAAAUACGUUAUAUAUCUCAAACUCAAGGUUUACCACCUCAAUCAAUGUUAUCAAAUGGAACAAAAACGCAAAGGUUUUUCAAUCGUGAUGAAAGAGAAUCACCCUAUCCAUUUUGGAGAUUAAAAACACCCGAAGAACAUGAAGCUGAAACAGGUAUCAAAUCGAAAGAAGCAAGAAAAUAUAUUUUCAACUGUCUCGACGAUAUGGCACAAAUCAAUGUUCCAUCAGAUUUGGAAGGUGUUGAAUUAGUGGCAGAAAAAUUAGAUCGUCGUGAAUUUGUUGAUAUUUUAAAACGAAUGUUACAUUUGGAUCAAGAAUAUCGCAUAACACCAGCCGAAGCUUUGAAUCAUCCAUUUGUCACAAUGGCACAUUUAGUCGAUUUUGCACAUUGUAACAAUGUUCGCCAUAGUGUUCAAAUGAUGGAAGUUUGUAAACGUUCAAAACCGCCAACUGUACCAGUAAAUUUGGUAUCAGAUUUGAACAGUAGUUUUCUAAACGGUUUUAAUGGACAAAUGACAUUUGCUUCCGCACAACAAAUGGCAUUACAACAACAACAGCAAGCGGCACAACAACAAGCACAACAAGCACAACAAUUACAAGCUUUUCGAACAACACAAGGUCGUGGUGGUGAUAUUUAUGUUUCGUAUCCAAUUCCAGCUGCAGCUGCAUCUUAUAUUCCGAACAUAGCAUUGACUCAACAACUUGCUCAAGCGCAAGCAGCCGCAGCACAUGCAGCCAGACAACAAAUACCAGCAUUAUCUUUGAUACCACCAUAUCAAGAUCUUGGUUCUCCGUUGUUUGGUACUCAAACAGCAGCUGCAAUGUUAUCAAUUCCUACACAGUUACCAUUAGGUACUUUACAGCCAAUUGGAAUACCUAUUUCAUUACCAAUGGUUCAAGCUGAUCAAACAAGACAUUUUCUAAUUAACAAUAAUGCCACUGCCACGUGGGGUCCAGCGAAUCAAUUUCUUGUUCCACCUACGUUUGCCGCUGCGGCCGCUGCUGUUGCUCGACGAAAUAGCGUACUACUACAAGAUGCAGAUCAACUAUGGCGUGCACCAUUAAUGUCAUUUGAUCCAAAUAUUGAUUCUACUCAACAACAGCAACAAUCGACGUCGAAUAAAGUAUCAGCUGCCACCGCUUUAUAUCCAUUAGAAUUAAAUGAUUCAAGAAUGUUUGCUCGUAUAAAUCAUCAACAUCAACCAACAUCAUCAACAAAUUCUUCUAAUAGCUCUAAUAAUCGCUGUCAAAGGUAUGUUCCAAAAGAUGUGAACAUAAACAAUAAUAAUAACAAUAGUAAUCGACGAUAUAAUUCUAAUAACGAUCAAACUAAAAUUAAUAGUAGUAUCAAAUUGAUUAAUCAAUUAAAUGCUCAACAACAACAGCAACAACAUUACAUUCAACAAUCUUAUCCAGUACAACAAACUCAACAGCAGCAAUAUGUUGGUACAACAGCGUCAACUUCAUCCUGUGGAUCAUCUAGUUCUUCAUCUGUGGCAUCUAUGCCUCUGUCUCAACACGAUAAUCCACAAAGACCUGUUUCUGUUAUUACAUUAUCGUCCGAUUCAGAUGAUGAAAAAGAUAUAACACCAACACAUCAAAGAACGGUGUUUAAUGCACCUCCAAUUAUUUCUAAUCCGUCAUCAAAGCAUAAACAUCUUCAACAAGUGCCUGUUAAUGAUCAUAAAUCGCAUGAUAAUAAGCAGCAAAUAAAAAAAGAACGACUUAGUAUAGAUACAACAAAUAAUAUUAUACAGCAGUAUCAAAUGCCGUCCAGUCUUUUAUUAAAUCCGUCGUCAAAUUCAAAGCCUGAGCCAACAUUUUACGACUAUCAGCAACAUCAGCACGAUUGUCGACAACAAGCUCUUCUUGGUUCGCUUGUUUAUAAUGAUCCAAGACACAUGAGUUUAUUUUUGUCACCAAAUAGCUUUGUAACAACUGCCAGUCAUCAUGCACAUCAUCCAUCGGCACAUCAACUAUAUUCAUCAAUGAGUCCAACAACAGCCGCUGCUGCUUUAGCUGCUGCAGCUGCCGCUCAAACAAAUAGACAUCAUCAUCAUCGACGUUUAUAUUAA